AUGACCAGCACUAAUAGCACUAGCAGAUCGCCCUGCCCGCCGCGGCGCGCGUCCUUCUCGCUGGACGAGAAGCGCCGCGUGCUCGAGCACCUGCGCGCCACCGGCCGCGUGCGCGAGACCAUCGCGUGCUUCUACCCGCAGCUGCCGCCCGAGGCCUACGACGCGCGCCGGCGGCUCGUCCUAAACUGGCGGCGCAACGCGCGCGAGAUCCUGGCGGGCGCCUCCACGCGCCAGGGCGCGGCGCGCCGGCGCAUGCGCAAGCCCAAGGCGCCCAAGCCGCAGCCGCCAGUGCCGCGCGGACUCGCAGGCGACCAGGACGAGCCGUCUACGGGCCUGAACGAGCGAGAAAUGCCCGAGUUCGAGCCCAUUCGGAGCUCGUUCUCGCUGGACGAGAAGCGGCGGGUGCUGGAGCACCUGGCGGCCUGCAAGAACGUGCGCGAGACGAUCGACAAGUUCUACCCGGACCUGCCGCCGGAGGAGUACAACACGCGGCGCCGCACUAUUUGGCGGUGGCGCGCGUGCGCUGAGCAGAUCGUGGCCGGCUGCGCGGACGACAAGGCCAGUGCGCGCAAGAAGAUGCGGCCCCGGGGGAUCGUCUGCCAGCGCGGGCCGAAGAGCGUGGGGCCGCAGGACGUGGUGGAUCGCCUGCUCACGUCCGUGAAGAAGUCGGAGCAGCGCGCGCUCAAGAGGAAGAGCAAGAGGCCGGUGCUGAGACCGGCCCCGCCCGCGCCGGCACUGCUGGCGGAGCGGCAGAUGGACGCGAUCGUGUUCUCAGCGCUGGGACUGCCGCCUACGACGCAGUUCCGACCCAUUCGGCCAGCUCCAGCUCCAGCUACUCCAGCUACGACGACAGCAGGAUCAGCGUCAGUGUCUACCCGGUCAAAUAUGCACCCGCUGCAACGAGGCGAAGUAUCGUUCGCUAUACGUCGACGCUGA